CUUUCUUUUCACUUUCAUGUUCUUGAUGGCCCUUUUGGUUGUGAUUAUUCCUUCCAUCCUUUACUUAGUCUUGAAGCCCCAAAAUCCUAAUUUCACUCUUCAAAAAUUAAAGGUACAAUCUUACAACUUGAACGUCUCGAAUUCAGGCUCCGACCCCCUAUUUUCAUCCGUGAUAAGUCUGACACUGCUUGCGCAAAAUCCUAAUAAGGUUGGCAUAAGAUAUAAACCAACGCGUUUUCACGUGUUUAAUGAAGGAGUAGUGAUUGGAAUGAUUCAAGUUCCGGCCUUUUAUCAACCUCCUCGUAGUAAUAACUUAACGUUGGAGACUCGAGCAAUAUUUUACUGCGUGAACGUUACACAAAUUUUGUCUAAUAUUUCAUUGCAACAAAAUAGUUCCACAAAUAGUGUUACAUUAGCAAGCAUAUUGGGUGAUGUUAAAGCUCAAGUCAAACUUUUCAAUGUCAACUUGCCUAAGGUGAAGCUGGCGGUGGAAUGCGCCAUAAAUAUUGACCAGAACUAUAUUAAACUCAGUAACCAAAUGGUCUACAGCUUGAAAGCAGGAAAAUCUAAUACGAUAUCUCUUCCAAUGAACAAUAUCAGGGGAAGUUUCUCCAAUAAGUGCUCUGCAUCUAUUUACAUCUAAGGAACUGAUACUUUGUACUCUAAUACCUUUAUUUUUGUGUAAAUGCAGUUUUAGAUAUUCUUAAUUAUUUGUUACAUACCAAGUAGUCCAUUAUGUAUAUAUGUAGUUGGAUUUUUACGAG